UUGACUUUUAUCUCACUCCAAAUUCUUAAUAUCAUGGACCAUGAAACGACCCUUGUAAAUUUUAGUCUACCAAGAACUUCAAAUUAAUGAGUAAUGAUUAACAAACACAAAAAACCUGCCGCAUGGAAUGAGUACUCUCCACGUGAACGCUUCUAUCUCAGUCGAGAUCAUCCCUUUACAAGAGUUGGCCAAACAUAAUACCAAAACCGAUGCCUGGAUUUCGAUAAGAGGCCGAGUGUACGAUAUCUCAUGGUACAUAAGCCAACAUCCUGGCGGAGUCGACCCUCUGCUAGCCUACAUCGGCAAGGAUGGCACCAAAGCAUUCAACAGCAUUCAUUCCUACGUGGACUUUGCCUCAAUUUUGAAAGGACAUGAAAAGGGUAUUUUGGAAGGACACAGUCUGAGAACUAAAGAAGCCACUGCAGCCACUUCCUUCUCCGAACUUGUCCUCGAGGACGAUCCACCUCCCACCAAAACGUGUUGUGGAUGCAUCCACAGAAGAGACCGUAGGAUGCCCAAGAUAUCGUUCUUCAAUAGUCCGGCUGCAAUCGCCUACGAGGUGAAAUUCAAGCGGAAUCCUCUCGUUCCGCCGUCGCAGGAGGAAGACUGGUGCGUGGGGUUGGACGAGGAAGACAACGUCUUCACGGUGAAAAAGUACCUCGACGACACCAACAUUUGGAUGGCUUCCUACAAAAUUGACAACCCGAUUUCCUACGCGUUCAUUCAAUGCGUUUUUCGCGAUAGUUACGACACAUGCGAAAUAACGAUGAAGAAGAAAGAGGAAGGCGUGGUCUGGAGGCGCUUGGGCACGCCGAUGCCUCGAAGUCAUGUCAUCAUACCGAACUCUAGUCUGAACGAUUCAUACGAUGCGUCCAUUGUGUACAAAGAAAAGGUCGCUCGUGACGUCAACAUAUACGGGAUUCGGUUCAGACGUUGUGUCCAUUUCGGGAUCCGUCUCGGUCAUCACAUGAAAAUUCAAUUGGAAGGCAAGGAAAAUAUUAUCCGCUUAUAG